AAGACGUUAUACGUACAGCGUGGAAGGGGAGGGAGGUUGCUAUGGAAACCGCGUGAGGUCAACGGCUGUAGAACACGUGGCAGGGAGAAAAUGUCGGCGCCCGUAGAAGCCUGUCAUGUUGCCUGUUGCGCCAACCGGGCGGGCGGUGGGGUUAUGUCGUGGGGGCAGAGAGGCAUCCUCGCCUUCGGCAGCUGCCGCGACGUCAUCCUCUACGAGCCGGUGGCGAGGUGGGUGGUCGCCACCUUCCGCGGCCACACCGACAGGGUGAACUGCGUGCGCUGGGUCCGCCAGCGGGACGGCGCUACCGAAACAGAGUUAAUUUCUGGUGGAUCUGAUAAGCAACUUAUUCUUUGGGCAUGGAAUGGAAUGGGAACGUGGAGUAAUCAGCUUGUGAAAAGCAUUCCUCUCAAAGGCCAUACUGAAGCUGUUUGUUCUGUGGAUGCUGUCUACCAGUCAGAUGAAUCUGACUUAAGUCUGCUAGUAGCUUCUGCAGCUUCUGACUCUACCGUGAGAAUCUGGUCUCGGCAAGGUUCAGAAGUUAAAUGCAUUCAAAUUUUGCAGUUUGGAAAUGGAUUUAUUAUGGAUGUUUGUUUAUCCUUCUUGCCUGGCAGCAGUGUACCAAUAUUGGCUUGUGGUGGUGAUGACUGCAAAAUAAAUUUGUUUAUACAGCAGGAUGGUCAGUUUCAGAGAACAUUAAUACUCCCUGGUCACGAAGACUGGAUAAGAAGCAUUGAGUGGGCAGUCUGUGGUGAGGAUCUCUUCUUAGCAAGCUGUGCUCAGGAUUGUUUGAUAAGAAUUUGGAAAGUGUGUACAAAAUUGAAGCAAUUUCCAGAAACUGAAGACGAUUCCAUAAAACUGAAAGAGACCAUUUUUACUGUUAAAGGCACUGUUACAACAUAUGCAAUUACCUUGGAGUCUGUGUUGGCUGGUCAUGAAAACUGGGUGUACGCAGUUCACUGGCAACCUUCGUUUUUCAAAGAUGGCAGCAUGCAACAACCAAUGAGAAUACUGUCUGCAUCGAUGGACAAAACUGUGAUCCUCUGGGCACCUGAUGAGGAAUCAGGAGUCUGGCUAGAACAGGUGCGGGUAGGUGAAGUGGGUGGCAACACGCUUGGAUUUUUUGACUGCCAGUUUAGCCCAGAUGGUUCAAUGAUUGUUGCUCAUGCUUUUCAUGGAGCACUACACCUUUGGAAACAGGCUGCAGUUAAUAAGAAAGAAUGGGUUCCAGAAGUUGUGAUUUCAGGACAUUUUAACAGUGUAGAGGAUGUAAAGUGGGAUCCAGAAGGAGAAUUUAUUAUAAGUGUUGGUUCUGAUCAAACUACCAGACUCUUCGCUCCCUGGAAAAGAAAACACGAGACAGAGGUAACCUGGCAUGAAAUUGCAAGGCCUCAAGUACAUGGGUAUGAUAUGCGGUGCCUGGCAAUGAUUGGCCGGUUUCAGUUUGUAUCUGGAGCAGAUGAAAAAGUGCUUCGAGUCUUUUGUGCUCCCAAGAAUUUUGUAGAAAACUUCAGUAAUAUCAGUGGUAUUCCAAUGGGGAAGUUAUGCUACCAUCAAUCAUCUGACCUUCCAGAAGGUGCAACUGUGCCAGCUUUGGGUUUGUCCAAUAAAGCUGUCUUUGAAGGAGACAUGGCUGUUCAACCAGCUGAGGAUGAAGAAACAUUUAACACCAUUUCUAAUCAGCAUCCUGAAAUUCAUUUUCAACCCUUGAUCCUUACAGAACCUCCCCCAGAGGAUCACUUGUUGCAGAAUACCUUGUGGCCUGAAAUUCAAAAGCUAUAUGGACAUGGAUAUGAAAUUUUUUGUGUUGCCUGCAAUAAUUCAAACACUGUAAUUGCCUCAGCAUGUAAGGCUUCCAGAAAAGAACAUGCAGCAAUUAUUUUGUGGAGCACUGCUUCUUGGAAGAAACUGCAGAGUUUGUCUUUUCACAAUCUGACUGUUACCCAGCUGGCAUUUUCUCCUAAUGAUAAAUUUCUAUUAGCUGUUUCUAGAGACAGGAAUUGGUCACUGUGGAAGAAACAAGACUCAUCAGAGUCAGCCUUGGAAAAUCAAGAAGCAGUUGCUGCUGAACACUUUAACGGAUUCCUAGAACAGAUGCUUGUGCUGAAAACUAUUAUCACUGCACCAGUUGUUUAACAGCAUGUAAAUACUACAGGAUUGUUAAAAGGUUACUAAGCUUGAUAGUGUUUUCCCAGAGACUUGUCUGUGUGUUUUGGCCCAUUCAGACAGUGUCUGCUUGUGUUCUGCCUUGAGACUUCUAUUCAGACUUCUAUUCUAAAACUCUAGCACACUGUCAACAGUAGUUAAAUGCCAAGUAGUACAUCAUGUUUCAAGUUAAGGGAUAUGAGUUCUCACACAAAGUAAACAGAUGAAAUCUUCAUCUGCCCAUCAAUAACCUUUCUGUCUACAAAGAACAUCAUUAUCAAUGUAAAGCAAAACUGCAUGUAUUAGUUUCCCAAGAAGUGGUUAUUCAAAGUCCACACUCAAAAAUAACAGCUUUUUCUAUUUAGGAAAAUCAUUCCCAUUCAUUGAUCUGCUAAUCAAAUAUAUUGCCAAUUUGUAUGCAUAUUGAAAUGGUAGUCUGUCUCUUUGGGAACAGAUUACUCUUUAGGAUUAAAUCAUUAUGAUUUGAGUUCUUGAAGCCCUACUGGAAAACUUUAAUGGUAAAUAGGAAUUUUUGUGGCGUCACAGGGGAGUACAUGUACGUACGGUAAAAAUUGCUCUGUACUAAAGCUUUUGAAGCCAGUAUCCUUAUUAAAAGCUUUAAUAGAAUCUUAACGUCCUAUGCUUGGAAUUCAUGUCUUUUGAAGCAUAUGUGCGUAAAAGAACAAGCUGUUGCCAUAGUUUUAGUGCUGUAAAGGCUGACCGAUAUGAUCUUCAACAACUACUAAUUAGGAGCAUGUGGUAAGUGUUGAAAAAAAUAUUGUGCAUUUCUAAAUAUUCCCAACUCCUUUAAAGAUGACUGGAAUAAUGCUGGACUAUUCCUACAGUCCUUACUUAGAGUACUAUAUGUAAAUAUAUGUAACAUAAUUGAAGCAAGGGUCUUCCUCUACAUGUUUUA